AUGCUCUCGAGGCAACCCUUCCUGGCCCUCACCAAGUCCGCCAACUCGCCCAAGGCAGCCGCAGACCUCAUCACACACGCGACAUCUGCCCAAGGCACCUACAUCUUCACGGAGCUCCUCGCCAGCCCGUCCAUCCGGGGCCUCGCCAGCUCCCCCGAAUACCAGCCCUACCUCACCCAGCUUCAGAUCUUUAGCAAUGGCCUAUACUCCACAUACGCGUCGACCCCGAACCUCCCCGAGCUCAACGACCGCCAGAAGCUCAAGCUCCGCCAGCUCUCCCUCCUCACCCUCAGCCGGGACAAGGAGAACCUGACCUACCCGGCCCUGCAGCAGCACCUGGGCCUCGCCUCGCCGCGGGAGGUCGAGGACCUCGUCAUCUCCGCCGUCUACGCGGGGCUGCUGAACGCCAAGCUGAACCCCCUCCGGUCCGUCGUCCAGGUGGCGUCCGUCGCGCCCCUGCGCGACGUCCAGCCCGCCACGGUGCCCAGCAUCGUCGCCACCCUGCAGAACUGGAGCCAGCGGUGCGACGCCACGCUGGCCGAGAUCGAGGCCAACAUCGCCACCAUCAAGAAGGAGGCGGCGCGCAAGGCCAACGACAAGAGGGAGUGGGACCGUACCUUCCAGGCCGUUGUCACCGCCGAGACCAACGAGCCCACGGACCUGACGGGCUCGGGCAUAACCGCGAACGGUGGCCGCGGUGCCGGCCGGAGGCUCGGCGGCGGCGCGGCAGGGCGCACUGGUCUACGAGCAGGGAGCGGUGGAGGAGCGGGAGCCGGGGGAGGCGGAGGCGGUUCUCAAGCCGCAGCAGGCGGUGCUGGCAGUGGAAGUAAGCGCGGCACGGACAAGUUGACGGAGGGCUUGGAGGACGAUGACGACGAGGCCAUGGAUCUGGACGAUAAUGCUGAUGCGGCGGGUCAGAACCAGAAGAGGACGAGUCGACGAAAGUUGUGA